AGAUGUGAUUUUCAAUCUGAUAUUCAUUUGACUGAUUUUACAUUUUGCUAACGUACGAAUAACAUCGUAAGAAGUUCUCCAACUCGUAAAUUGGUAUGUGUUAUGUGAAUCGUAAUUCUGAAGCUAAGGUUGGUUUUUCAUUUAGGUACCUCAAAGAGUUCGUUCAAGGAGAUACUAUGCCAAACUAUUGAAAAUUAAAAAUCGCUCUGAAAGCCUUGAAACAGAACUUCAUCUCCUAAACCUUUGGUUAGUUUUUCGCGUUGCGCCGUUAACGACGCGUUGCCCAAAAACUAUAAAAACCCCGUCGAAAACCCCAGACGAAUUGGAUUGGAUAGGUAGCUAUGUACAUGUACAUCAUUUCAGAUUUUGUCCGUCCUUUGGUUAUCUUGUGUGCAAAGUCAAGGUAAUGGGGAGAUGAAGCUUUCAGAAAGCUCUCAGGAGUUUGCAGAUUACAUUCAAGAAAAGAAUAUAUUACAUGUGGUUCGAAAUGUUCCCCCAUAUAAAGAUUUCAAGAAUACUUUUAUAAACAAACGCAUUUUGGAGAUGGAUGUUUGCUGCAUGCACCAAGAAAUUGAUGAUAUGAGUGCAGAGAUCAAUUAUUUAAGAGAAAUCGCGCCUCACGCAGAUUUCAUCUGUGCACUGAAUUUUAUGAAGUAUGAUUUAACCCAAAUCUUCACUGACGUAGCUGGUGUUGCCUAUGUAAAAAUAUCACAGACUUUAGAAAAAUGGCCAUUUCGUAUCCAAGAGCUGCGUAGAAAAUAUGAUGAAUAUGAUGAAUUCAAUCCUGGCCGAAUGUAUCCAAAAGUAAAAAACGAGGGCGAAGACAAAAGAAAAAAAAAAGAUAGUGAAUCUUACAGCAAGUGGUUUAGAUUUACGUCAACUGAACCCGAAUUUUUAAUAUUCAUGAAAAAUGGAGUACGAGCAGCAGAUGAUGAUGAAGAAAAAUGGAAAUUAGCUGCUAUUCAUCUGCAAGGAAACCUGACGGAAUAUUAUAAUGAAUUAGAUCCGGAACUCAGAAAACUGAGAUACAAUGAUGACAAGAAGAAUUUUUCGUCAACCUUUUCGGCGAUAAUGCAGCGCAGUUACCGACUAUCCUGUUAUUUCGAAUACAUGCAACAGCAUAACCUUAAAGCAGAGUUAAAAAAGAAAUAUCGAAAUGGAACGGAGGUGUUUUUUCAAACAGCCAUUCAACGCCUUGAACAGGAUUGGUAUUUUCCGAUGGAACAUAUUGAUAUGUUCAACAUUUUAAUAAAUGCAACUCGCAAAAACCCUACAGAAAGAAUUGAUCACAUGUUUGCAGCUUUGAAAAUACCAUCAAACCAUGAUCAUUUUAUAAUUCCGGGCAAAAAAGUGUGUGGGAGAGCGUCAUACGUUCCGAAACGCGAAAGGAAGUUCUCAACAAGAUUUACUCCUCCUGUAAAAAAGAUAGCACCUUCUGCAACGCUACUUACCUAACUCUUGAUAAACAAUAAUUUUGUAGCUAGGUACCUAAUUUAUACCUACCUAAGGCUUAUGAUUUAUUGUAGGUAAAUAGGUACUUUGUUUUUUUUUACCAAAUAAAUACUUAUCUAGCAUCUAGCUGACUAUAGGUAUGAUUUAUUAUGCUAGUAAUAAGUUGAUACUUUUUUGCUUUCAUUUUCGUGAUAUGUAUUGUCAUUUUUUUUUUGACAGUCAAGUUGUAAGUAAUAUAUACCAGAUACCUAUGAUUAAUUAUGUAUAGUUUUUGUUUACAUUUUUGUGUGUUCGUAUUGCGGAUGAAAAUCUAAUAUAUAUAAAACACAGAA